AGGCGGCACCCGCUUAGCUGAGAUUCCAGCACUUGACUUCAGGGUUUCGGAGAGAUAAGGCGCUUGGCCGUUACUAACUGGACUACAAAGAGCUGGAUCGGACCGGAACCACAUGGCUCAACUCGCCCGAGCCACCCGCUCCCCGCUGUCAUGGCUGCUGCUGCUGUUCUGCUAUGCACUCCGGAAAGCGGGUGGGGAUAUACGUGUGCUGGUGCCCUACAAUUCGACAGGCGUCUUGGGAGGGUCGACCACCUUGCACUGUAGUCUGACUUCUAAUGAGAAUGUGACUAUCACUCAAAUAACCUGGAUGAAGAAGGAUUCAGGUGGAUCCCACGCUCUUGUGGCUGUCUUCCACCCCAAGAAGGGGCCCAACAUCAAAGAGCCAGAGAGGGUGAAAUUCUUGGCUGCCCAACAGGAUCUGAGGAACGCAUCUCUGGCCAUCUCGAACUUAAGUGUAGAAGACGAAGGCAUCUAUGAAUGUCAGAUUGCCACAUUCCCCAGAGGCAGUAGAAGCACCAAUGCCUGGCUGAAGGUGCAAGCCCGACCUAAGAACACUGCAGAGGCCCUGGAGCCCUCUCCCACCUUGAUACUGCAGGAUGUGGCUAAAUGCAUCUCUGCCAAUGGUCACCCUCCUGGACGAAUCUCUUGGCCCUCGAAUGUGAAUGGAAGUCACCGUGAAAUGAAGGAACCAGGGUCCCAGCCGGGCACCACCACAGUUACCAGCUACCUCUCCAUGGUACCUUCUCGCCAGGCAGACGGCAAGAACAUCACCUGCACGGUGGAGCAUGAAAGCUUACAGGAGCUGGACCAGCUGCUGGUGACCCUUUCCCAACCCUAUCCACCUGAAAACGUGUCCAUCUCUGGCUAUGACGGCAACUGGUAUGUUGGCCUCACUAACUUGACCCUGACCUGUGAAGCUCACAGCAAACCAGCGCCUGACAUGGCUGGAUAUAACUGGAGCACGAACACGGGUGACUUUCCCAACUCUGUUAAGCGCCAGGGCAAUAUGCUUCUAAUCUCCACCGUAGAGGAUGGUCUCAAUAACACGGUCAUUGUGUGCGAAGUCACCAAUGCCCUAGGGUCUGGGCAGGGCCAAGUGCACAUCAUUGUUAAAGAGAAACCUGAGAAUAUGCAGCAAAAUACAAGAUUACACCUAGGCUACAUCUUUCUUAUCGUCUUUGUCCUCGCUGUAGUCAUCAUCAUCGCAGCACUAUACACUAUACGAAGAUGCAGGCAUGGUCGUGCUCUGCAGUCCAAUCCCUCAGAGAGGGAGAACGUCCAGUAUUCAUCUGUGAACGGCGACUGUAGACUGAACAUGGAGCCAAACAGCACAAGGUGACGGUGCUGGGUAGACAGAACUAAGGAACUUGAAGGCAUAGCAACUGGAACCCUACUCUCAUAAAUGAAGAAGCCUCCAGAGAGACUGGCUGCUCAGUGUGAUGAGCAUAGCAAGUUUGGGGGGUCUCCCAGGAUGCUGCCGAAUUCCACGUUGUCAAAAGGACCCAUGGAGGCCAGUGUGUUGGCUCACUCUUGACAUCUCAGCAAGCUGGGGGGGGGGGGGGGAGCAUAAAGCAAGGUUGAGUCUAGCUUGGGCUAUAGAGCAAAGCCCUGUCCAUACACAAACAAGCUAAGGGGCUUUGAGACGGUCAGAAACUGAAGUCUUGCUUUGGGUAAGGUAAAUCCUCUACCGCAUGUAUGUGCUAGACUUGAAAGACUUCCACACAGACCUCUUUAUAAGUUGACUCCAUUGGGGCUAUCCCCUCCUCUCUGGACAAGGUCUCUGUAUGUAGCCAAGGCUAGGCUCAAACUCACAGAGAUAUGUCUGCUUCUACCUCCCCAGUGCUAGAGUUGAAAGUAUUUGUGCCACUGCACUUUUCUAGGUCUUCUUUUAAUGAAGUAAAGUAUAUAUUUAUAAAAAGCUAUUUAGUUAUAUAUAUAUAUAUUUUUGAGACUAUUUCAUAGAGCCCAAGCUAACCUCAAACUUACUAUGUAGCCAAGAGUGAUGGUAAACUAAUUUAUUUUAAUUUAUUUGUCUUCAAUUUUAACCAUCACCCAACCCCUGCUCCCUUCCAUAUCUUCUUUCAAUCCAUUUCAUUGUCUUUUUCUUCCCAGACACUAUUCUGACUUACGUCUCCAUUACAAACAUUUUAUUGAACUACAUAAAAAUGUGUGAACCACAAAAAAAAAAUGUAUUUGUCAAAAUUGUAGUUGUCUUUCUGAGGCUGACCUGAGUUCUCUGAUACCAUUCUCUCCAGUUGUAUCCAGUUUCCUGUAAACAAUGUGACUUUGUUUUUCUCAGUAGCUAAAACAUCCCAAUUAUGUGAGUGUACACUUUCUUUACUCAUUCCUCUGUGGGCCACCAGCUGGGUUGGUUCCAUAUCUGAGCUAUUGUGCAUGGAAUUGUCUCUGUGGUGGGUUUAGUAAACUCCCAGGAAUGCCUGUACAUGUUUGUAGAGGCCAGAAGAAGGCACAAAAUCUUGAGCCAGGCUUACAUGCACUUGUGAGUAGCCCCACAUAGGUGCUAAGAACCCAGUUCAGGUCCUCUGCUGUGGGAUGGUGGGCUGUGCACAGAAAGCCUGGUCCCGGUCUAGCAAAGGUCUGGAACUCCGGAGCCGGUGGGCUGUGAUUUACACCAGCAUGGGAUGGAAGGAGUUGGACCUCGCCUCCUGGGCACCUGGCUCCUGUCACAUAGCUACAGCCUCCCACAGCCCCCCUAUAGGGAGGUAUGCAGCAUCAAUCACAUAGUAGCUGCACUAAGCCCUCCCACAUGCAAAUAAGGUUUCCCCAAACUCUCAGUCCAAGCCAAUGAAAAGUACCUGCUGUCAAACCCUAAAUCAUCCCCAAAACUCUGUAAGUCCUAUCAGGGAAUAAAAUGUGUGUGAAAACUA